CACAGGAAAGUGACUGAUGAGUGUAUACGGUAUUUUAAGACAUCAAAGGAGUUGGCGUAAGCGCACCGCUUAAAAUAUAUAUCGAUAUAUCUUUUGACUUGUUAUAUCGCCAAUUUGUACUACGACGUUUCUCGUAAAUCGAGAUCGUAAUGCCACUUUAUAACGCGAAUGAUAUUUGAUAUAAUUCUACUUUGCGGCUGCCAAAAUGCCAUUCAAGUUCCACUUGAAAAAGAGCAGACAGUAUAAUGUCGUGUCCAAAAAUCAGUACGUAAUUUGUGUCGAAUUGUUAGAUGCUACUACUAUAGAAUGCACUCUCAGUAUCGACAGCGUUGGCCAGGAGUGUCUGGACAACGUGAUGCAACGUUUGGGAUUGGGACAGCCAGAGUUUUUUAGCCUACGCUAUGUUUGCCGCAGUACAUCAUCGCUUCGAUGGAUAGACAUGGACAAACCUUUAAAGAGGCAGCUUGAAAAAGAUGCUAAAAGCUUUACACUUUACUUAAGAGUUAUGUACUAUAUAGUGGACGUACAACUCAUUCAAGAUGAGAUGACAAGAUAUCAUUAUUAUCUUCAACUGAAGAAUGAUGUGCUAGAAAACAAAGUACAUUGUAAUUACAGACAGGCUUGUGUGUUGGCAAGCUAUUCUAUGCAAGCUGAGUUUGGAAAUUAUAGUCCAGAAAGACACACAAUCGAGUAUCUUCAACAGUGCACUUUUUUCCCAAACGAUGUAAACAAAACGGACCCAAAUGGACAAGAAUCUCUUUUGUACACAGCAAUAUGUCAAUAUAAAGGUUUUGCUAAUAUGACACAAGCUACUGCAGAGGAAUUAUAUAUCUCGAUUGCCAUGCAACUAGAGGGAUAUGGCACUGAAACUUUUCCUGCCAAGGAUAACAGUAACAAUAAAGUUAUACUUGGAAUUUCCAUCAAUGGAAUUAUGGUGGCCUAUCCUAAUACUCAAACAACGCAAUUUUAUAGAUGGAAAGACAUCAGUAAUGUCAUAAAUCAAAAGAAGACGUUUAGAAUAGAGUGCAAAUGUGAAGAAGCGAAGCAAUUUGUAUUUACCGAGUCGCGCGAUGCGAAAUACGUAUGGAGAUUAUGUAUAGCCCAACAUUUAUUCUAUAUACAGUAUCAAGAACGUCGUCCACAAGAAAGAUCUAGUGGCUGCUGUGAUAAUGAUACAAACGAUUCUAGUGAGCAAGCAGUAUCCGUGAAUUCGGAUAACAGGACCUCAGAUACACAUACACGGUGGACAAGUUACAAUGAUCUUUCAAUACCAUCACCAUGUCCUGUUGUAUCCAUUUCGUCAACCGAUAUAAAUAAUUUGCGCGCGUUACUACCAUCAUAUAGACCGGCGCCCGAUUACGAAACGGCGGUCCAAAUGAAAUAUAAUAGUGGAAACGCUUCUCAGCCUUAUUAUGCAAACCAGUCCGCAAUAGUUGGUUCAGAUAUUUCGUGUCUGCUAGGUGUAAACCGCAAUAGAUAUUAAAUUUAAUGAGAUACCUGAUAAAGUUCUACUGAAAUAUUUGUGAUAAAAAUUUGAACAUACA